AUGAAGAGAGCUCUGAUGGAUUUCCAGCUAAGAAUAACUCGGAAGCUGUUGCCAAGAAGGAUUAGCCAAAGAUUCCCAAUCUUUCCUGAAGGGAACAAGAGCUCCGCGGUACGAGUAUUUGUUCAUGGAUUUGACAGAAAUGGCGGUGAAGAUCAGAUCAUGAGCUCAUGGAAAGAUCAUUUGGGUUCUUGUGGUGAUAAUGCAAGAAUUUCCAUUCGGCAAGAUCCAGAUGCGACUCAUCACUCGUGCCAUCCGCCAUCUGCCGCCGCAGACCCGUGCCAUCCGCCGCCGCCUCCGCCUCACCAAGCACCAGGAAUGGAGAGUCAGAGUGUGAGUUCGAGUAAUCCGGCUCUAAGCACCAAUGUCAAUGUCAUUGAAAUGAAAGACGGAGAUAAUCAAACUCAAGAAAUCUCGAGAAACACGAAUGUUUCACAAAAAAGCAAUCCCAAAAAGAGAAAGGAGAGGAGCAUUGCUUGGGAUCAUUGUGUUAGGAAAAUUAUUCACGAUGAUGAAGGAAAUGAGGAGAUGUUUGCUAUUUGCAAACAUUGUGAAUUACAAAUGCCGGCCGAUUCGAAAAGGAAUGGAACUAGAGGUCUUCUCAAUCAUUUGUAUUAUAGGUGUGAGAGUUCUCCUCUUCGCGUGGUGAUGGACAAGAGCCAACCCACAUUAACUCAGUCUAUGAUGGGAGGUGAAGUAAAAAUUUCCGACUUCAACCAAAAAAGACUCGACAACAUGUGUGUGAAGUGGAUAAUCAAAGCGGAGAUGCCUUUUCGAACCGUAGAGCAACUGGACUUCAAAGAAUUUAUUCAUGAUCUUCAACCUCGUUAUAAGAUUCCUAAUCGGAGGAAGAUUGCGAAGGACGUGUGGAGUUUAUUUUGCGAGGAGAAAGCAAAGAUCAAAAGCAUCAUUGGUGAUCUCCGUGUGAGUAUCACAACCGAUACUUGGACCUCCAUCCAAAAUAUCAAUUACAUGGUGGUGACGGCCCAUUUUAUCGACUCGGAUUUCCAUUUACACAAAAGGGUGCUCAACUUUUGUAAGAUUACUUCUCAUAAGGGUGAAGACAUAGGAAGGUGUCUCGAAGAGAAGUUGGUCGAAUGGGGCAUAAGUAAGGUGUUUACCGUUACCGUAGAUAAUGCGAGUUCCAAUGAUGUGGCCGUGGAGUAUUUGAAGAAGCAACUUCAGAAGCAUGAUAGUGAUAGUCUUAUGCUUGAUGAAAACUUGCAUAUGAGGUGUGCUUGUCACAUAAUUAACUUGAUUGUGAAGGAUGGAAUGAAAGAGUUAGUAGAUUCCAUUGAAGCCAUCCGAAAUUGUGUGAAGUAUAUUCACUCUUCAAGUGCGAGGUUGGAUAAAUUUCGGGAGUAUGCGGUUUUGGAGAAGAAGGACAAAAUGUCCACUAUCCAGAUGGAUGUUGUGACUCGGUGGAAUGCCACAUACAUCAUGCUUCAUGGUGCUUACAAGUUUAAAGGUGUAUUUGCAAGGAUGGUGGAAGAAUUUACGCCAUUUAGGACAUACUUUGAAGAUGGAAGAGUGGGGCCUCCGACGGAUGAAGAUUGA